CGCGCAUGCGAUAGAUGCUUUUCUCUUAAGACGCAAUGCGACGGCUCCCUACCCUGCGCCCGAUGCAGUCGCCUCAGCCUGAACUGUCUUCUUGACCGUCCAGCCAGGCGUCGCGGUCGCCCCAAGAAGAACGAGCGUCGGGCGACGGCCAGGCAAAGCCCUGCGCCCGUCCAAGCCGAGGAUACUCGGCCCUCAGCGUCGCCGCCAUUUCCUACACAUGAGUCUAUGCUGGAUGAAGACGGCUCGUUCGCUGCUGCCGAGACUGUGCCAUCGCUACACACGACGGAUAAUGUGAUCGAUACUCUGUACCAUGAUCAUGGCAGCGGCAGUGGCGAUGGCAACGGCCCUGGCAAUGUCGAUGGAAAUGGCCAUGGCCAUGAUUUGCAAGCCUUCGACAUAGCUCAGCAUGCCCAUAGCGAUGCCGACACUCUCAGCAAUGACGGUGCCUGGAUAGCAGCGACCGCUCUCUGCCGAGUAUAUUCGCACGACGAGCAGUCUUCGGGCUUGAACAGCGGGGGUCCCCAGGAAGCCGUCUCCAUGUAUGCCGCCGGGCCACUUGGCCGUGUCGACGGGCGGUCCAUGUCAACGUCUUCCAGUAGCAACUCAACGUCUGCUCUUCAGCCCGUGGACCAUUUGAGUGCCUUGGGCCUAGACAUGAGUACAGCAUACAGCAUCCUUGACCACCUCUUUCUACAGGCGGCCAAGCAUGGCCCCUUGAGCAUUCUCAACGACCUACACCUCAAUGCCACCAUCGCCACUCAAUGCUUCUUGGACAAGGCGCAUCCGCGAUGUCCUGUGGAGCUGACCUUGAGCUUGCUCGCCAUUGCUCUGGAGCUCUACCCGGACUUGUUGCCGCGCAACAUCUAUGAAAACAAAGAUAUCAUCAUCGACACUCUGCGCAUCGAGUUUCUCAAGCGCAUUCCCACGUUGACCUGGAAAACUACCGACAUCAACCAUUCUCAAUCACUGGCUCUUUCUCUGGCCAGUUACGCCUGGUGUCUAAAUAGCCAGCUCUCUGCUAUUGCUGCUCAGUGGAAUGGCGUCGCACAGCUUCUUCUAAACGCGCUUGCAGCGCCUUCGCACCCAGAAACUGCUAGGCUUCAUACACACCUUGGACAGAUGAUCCAGCACCAGAACAUUGUUUUGAGGCUUGUGAAUGGACGUGGCUUUGCAGCCAUGGAAUUUUCCGCUCCAGUCACCCCCUUGCCCAGCCAACUAGCACAUACUCCUACCGACGUGCCGACCAGCGACGACUUCUUCCCUCAUAGCACUUCAAGUUUCGCAAAUUUGUUUCUGCCGCUAUCUCCAUUGCUCGACCGGGUCUGUAAGCUUCCUAGUCAGGAGGCAACUGAUGCAGCCAGCAAGAUUCGUCUGCAUCUUGAAGACUAUUACCUCGCGUUCCCAACAAAAGCGCUCCAGUUCUCUUCCUUGACAUACACCUUCCAAGCAGAAGCCAUGAUCUGGCUACAUGGUAUUUUCAUGAUUUCAUAUGUGGGAUCCGACCCCAUGCACAUCUUGACCAACGUCGACUUGGUCAAUCAUUCCACUUUCUACUCUGCUUUCGAGCAUGCUCUGCUACUUGGCGAGGUCCUCCCCACAAUCAUGUCACUAGACAAGGAGCUCACAACACUGUCGCCCGCCACAGCCCAUAUGAUGAUCCUUUCUAGUGCUAUAUCAGCAGUGGCAAUGUGGCUGUUCCACACACCCUGGGGGGAAAAGAACAUGAACACAUCCAUGGCCGAACGAAUGCCCGCUACCCUCACCACAUGCGCAGAGUCACACCGUUGUGCGUUGGAGUCUCUGCAGCGCACCUCAGGACGUUACCGCAGUGAGAUUCUUGAUUUGGUCCACAAGUGCUUACUCGUCCUUGCUGAAGGAAUGACUUUGGCCACAUGGACGUCAUUGCAAACAGCGACGCAAACGCUCAUGUCGCAAGGCUCUGGCGCGUUGCAUGGAAUUCAUUCAGGCCCAAUCUUACCGUUGUUAGACGCCAGCAAUAACGUACACUGUCGCGAUGCCCUGAAUACCCUCUGCGACCCUGCAGCGCGAGCUUGCCAACCUGGCUACUUUGACCUAAACAUCCAGUUCUAGUGGCGUUUGCUUUGGCUCUUGUAAGAUAAAAUACCUAUUCCAACU